AUUCAGUGUAGACGUAGCCCGCGUUAAACAAGUGUUACCGUACUUACAAGAACAGUUUUAUUUAACAAAUUUCUUUAUUGAACAAUUUAAAGAAUUAUUUGUUUAUUUAAUAAAAAAUUUUAUAUAAUAUUUUACACAUAAUGGAUAUGGGUAGUGGAAGUAAUAGCACCACUGUGGUGAAAAAAUGUCCAAUGAUUAUGGUGUUUCAUGGUGGUCACUGUGAACGUAUACUUUGGACCACAUGGGUUGCGUCCACAGUUUCUGAAUUUGCUUGGUCUUGUGUGGCUUGGUUCGCAAUUUGCUUCUUAUAUGAAGCCUUAAAAUUUUUACGCGAAUAUUUAAUUAUAAAAACAGCACGUAGGGAGCAAGAACGUAUGGCUGCAGAGCACAGUGGCGAUUCUAGUACUCCUUUAGCAGAAAUCAAUAAUAAAACAUAUUUUGAGCGCAUUUUGUCAUCAACACAUAUUUUACAAACAGCUUUGAAUGGUAUUCAAGUUAUUGUGUCCUAUCUGAUAAUGUUGGUGUUCAUGAACUUCAAUUAUUGGCUUUGUCUAUCCUGUAUUUUGGGUUUGAGUAUUGGAUAUUUUUGCUUCGGUUGGCUUAGACUAGGAUCUAAUAAUAAUUGUUGCAAUUAAUUUUUUUAUCCAAAUUAUA